AUGUCGAUGGUCGUACUCACAAUAACUACUAUUACUAUUAUGCUAAAAAUUACUCCAGGAAUACAAGAAAGAUGUCCGCCGAUUGAAUCUGAGGUAUAUCAAGUAACUGUAAUGAGUUCAGGUUCGUCGACGAUCGAUGGUUGUGCCUACAUUAACUACAAUUCUAGUGAUAUAAUACAACAAUCAUUUAGCUUGUGGUUUGGUGAUCAACAUGGCGAGCAACGUUGUCGUGAUCACGUUACGCAUAAAAACUACUAUUUUGGUAUGAAAUAUUUACAUUUUUACUGUUUGACAAAAUCGCUUUUACUGUCAGAAGAUGUCAAGAAUGAACGUUUGUACAUUAAGUUAUACGAUGAAGAUUCUAAUAUGACGGAAAGAUCUAAUCACAGAUGUGCAUUAUACGAGAUGGCUAACGAAAAUGCCGCUACAUUCAGGAUAGCGAUUAGCAGGCAUGAUUCGUGUGUUGGCUUGUUAGACGUGCUUUCUCGCCCACAGUUGAUGAUCCCCGAGAAUAACAAGGAGUAUAUAUUCCUACUAUUUAACAAGACUAAACUUGACGAGACAACAACAUCGCCGGUGGUUGAUAUGACAACCACUGAGUCCAUAGAGUCAAUAGCUAAGCGAUACGAGAGACGAGGUUACAUUCUACAGAAUUUCGGAAAUCGACCCAACCCAUUCAGGAAGACCAAGAGGAGUGCCGUGAUUCAAGACAGUAACAAGAGUUUCAGUACACAGUCAAACGCGAAUGAUAACGUUGAUAUUACUAAGACGACUACUCCUAUGGACAAAGAUAAACCACAUCAACGAUCGUCAAUUGUAGUCAUGCAGCAACUCUUCAAAUUACCGAUCAAGCGUAGGCGCUCAUUCAACGCAACAUCAAAUUUGUGCUCAGAUAUUACAGGCUUUAGUUGGAUUCAAUGUUCUGGAUAA